GUGGAUUAGCUUAAGCUAACUCUUACCACUGUUGGGGUCAAACCACAAUCCAUGCGUCCAAACAAAACGGCACAAAAAAAGAGCUGAUCUCUUGCCUAGCCGUUACCAAACUCCACAAUCUUCCUUUCUUUCUAUCAGAUAUAAGAAGCUACCAAUUGGAGUUCAAAAGAUGCCUGCACAGAAAAUUGAGACGGGUCAUGAGGACAUGGUUCAUGAUGUCGCCAUGGAUUAUUAUGGAAAACGGUUGGCAACUGCUUCGUCUGAUACUACCAUUAAGAUCAUUGGUAUAACCAGCUCUGGUUCACAGCAACUUGCCGUUCUACAUGGCCAUAAAGGACCUGUUUGGGAGGUUGCUUGGGCACAUCCCAAGUUUGGAUCAGUCCUUGCAUCCUGUUCUUACGAUGGCCAGGUAAUAAUCUGGAAGGAAGGUAAUCCAAAUGAGUGGCUGCAGGCUUAUGUUUUUAAUGAUCAUAAGUCAUCUGUGAACUCCAUUGCAUGGGCACCCCAUGAGCUUGGCCUCUGUUUGGCCUGUGGAUCUUCUGAUGGGAAUAUCUCGGUCUUUACCGCUAGUGCUGAUGGUGUUUGGGAUACUACUAGGAUAGACCAAGCUCACCCUGUUGGAGUAACCUCAGUUUCCUGGGCACCAUCAACUGCACCAGGUGCUUUAGUCGGAUAUGGUCUACUGGAUCCUGUCCAGAAGCUGGCUUCUGGGGGAUGUGACAAUACCGUGAAAGUGUGGAAGCUGUAUAAUGGGACUUGGAAGAUGGACUGCUUCCCUGCGCUCCAGAUGCACACUGACUGGGUGAGGGAUGUUGCUUGGGCACCCAACUUGGGGCUUCCAAAAUCCACCAUUGCAAGCGCUUCUCAGGAUGGCAAAGUUGUUAUAUGGACUUGCCGUAAAGAAGGGGAACAAUGGGAGGGUAAGGUUUUGAAGGAUUUCAAGACCCCAGUUUGGAGGGUGUCCUGGUCUCUAACUGGAAACUUAUUGUCUGUUGCCGACGGAAAUAACAAUGUAACAUUGUGGAAAGAAGCAGUUGAUGGUGAGUGGCAACAAGUAAGUACUGUUGAGCCAUGAAGUUCAAAAUUUUCUCUCUUAGCUCUCUACAGUCGUUUUACUUGUCAGCUUCAAGUCCGCCAGUCUGUUAUCAGUAUUUUGCAUUGAUUUUUGUUUGAAUACUUCGAUUCCGUUGGAUAGUUGUUAUUUGUUCUUGUAAAAUGCUGAGGUCUAAGAAAGGAUGGUUGAUUAAUCUUAUAACAUUUCCCUCCAAUGAAAUUUUAUACCUUGUCAUAUCUUUCUAACCCUAUUUUAUUUGUUAGAAAGCUUCAAUUUCAAUACUUUCUAUCCUAGUAUGCUUUUGUUUCAGAUAUUUACACUUUAAGCAACCACAGCUUCACUUAAAUCGAAGCUUAUCAGUCAUGGUGUUGUGCUGGGUUAGUUUUAUCAUGGGUUUCCUAUUAAAAUGAUGGUGCUAGCAAGCUUCUAUAUUAAACCCCUUGACAGUCCUAGAUUCUGAUGUUGUGGCGUGUUGGAAUGAUGCUUUUGCAGAACACCAUUCAGCCUCAGCCAUCUGG